UGUUUACUUCCGGUUGUAGGUUUCGGUCUGCUUUCCGACCCAUAGAGGGCAGCAGCGACACUCCAUCUUGUAUCACGGCUGACCCGCGCAACUCGCGUGAGACGAGAAAACUAAUAAAGACUACAAACAUCUGAGACACAAUGAGUGUUGACGUGAAGAAACUAAAAGUCAACGAACUAAAAGAGGAGCUCCAGCGCCGCGGCCUGGACACCAAAGGCCUGAAGGCGGACCUGGUGGAGAGGCUGAAAGCCGCUCUGGAGGCCUCCGAGCAAGGGAAUCAGGAAGAUGAAUACUGUCCGGACUACAAAAACAAGGAAGAUGGAGAGGAUGACCAAGAGAAACAAGAUGCAGACGUAGCUGAGGAUGAUGGUGAUGAUGAUGUUGAAGGCGAUGGUGAAGGUGACGAGGAUGGCGAUGUUGAAAAUAAAAUUGAAGAUGUCGACGGUGAAGGGGAAGGGGAUGUUGAAAAUAAAAUUGAAGAUGAUGUCGACGGUGACGGCGAAGGGGAUGGUGAUGGGGAUGGGGAUGUUGAAGGUGAGGUCAAUGCCCCUCUAGAGGAAGAUGAGGGUCGAGAUUCAGGUGGUUACUACGAGGACGAGGAGGCAGAAGGCGAGCCUUAUGAAAGUCAACCCGCUUCAGACUCUGGUCACAGCAUGCCUGACUUCACAGCAGAUGUUGAAAUAAACAAAUCCAACAUGGUACCCGAGGAAGAAGAAGAGACCAAGCCUGCGCCAGAGCCAGAGGAGAAAGUUGAGAACAAACAAGAAGUCAAAGUGGAGGUCAAAAUGGAAGAUGAACCAGAGGAUGCUGGAGACACACCGCAGGAUAGCCAAGGGUCAGAACAUCAGGACGGCCAAGAUGGCGCCGCUGAGGGUGAGCAAAUCAAAGUGGAAGCUGAUAGAGGUGGAAACCACGGCCGCAAGAGACCAUAUGAGGAGAACAGGAGCUACAGCUACUAUGAGCACCGUGAGGAAAAGAGAUCCCGCACUCCACAGCCCCCUGCUGAAGAUGAGGAAGAGAACAUAGAUGACACUCUUGUUACAAUUGAUACAUACAACUGUGACCUGCAUUUCAAAGUGUCCCGAGAUCGCUACAGUGGUUAUCCACUGACCAUCGAAGGCUUUGCUUACCUGUGGGCUGGAGCACGAGCUUCACAUGGCGUCACCCAGGGCCGCGUGUGUUAUGAGAUGAAGAUCAACGAGGAGAUUCCUGUAAAGCACCUGCCCAGUAGUGAGCCAGAUCCCCAUGUGGUCAGAAUUGGAUGGUCACUAAACCAUUGCAGCACUCAGCUGGGUGAGGAGGCCUUUUCAUUUGGAUACGGAGGAACCGGAAAGAAGUCUGCAGACUGUAAGUUUUCAGACUUUGGCGAGAAGUUUGGCGAAAACGAUGUCAUCGGCUGUUACAUUGACUUUGACAGUGCUGACGAGGUAGAGAUGAGCUUUUCCAAGAAUGGAGUAUCAUUGGGCGUGGCUUUCCGGACAACCAAGGAGGCACUGGAAGGCCGUGCCCUGUUCCCUCAUGUACUUGUGAAGAAUUGUGCGGUAGAGUUCAACUUUGGACAGAAGCCGGAGCCAUACUUCCCCCCACCAAGUGGAUACACCUACAUCCACGAUCUUAGCAUGGAGGACAAGAUCAGGGGCACGAAGGGACCUGCCAGCAAAUCUGAAUGCGAGAUCUUGAUGAUGGUUGGCCUGCCUGCCUGCGGUAAGACCACCUGGGCCACAAAGUUUGCAGAGACCAACCCUGAGAAGAAGUACAACAUCCUGGGCACAAAUGCCAUCAUGGACAAGAUGAAGGUGAUGGGUCUGCGUCGCCAGAAAAACUACUCCGGGCGCUGGGAUGUUCUGAUACAGCAGGCCACCCAGUGUCUGAACAGGCUGAUUGAGAUUGCUGCCCGCAAGAGACGCAACUACAUCCUUGAUCAGACAAAUGUAUAUGGAUCAGCAAGGAGACGAAAAAUGCGUCCUUUUGAAGGUUUUCAACGCAAGGCUAUUGUAAUUUGUCCCACGGACGAGGAUUUAAAAGAACGAACAUUAAAGCAAACCAAUGAGCAGGGGAAGGAUGUGCCCGAUCAUGCUGUUUUAGAAAUGAAAGCCAACUUUACUCUCCCCGAGGCUUGCGACUUCUUGGAGGCGGUGACGUUCGCUGAGCUUCAGCACGAUGAGGCAGAAAGUCUGCUGAAGCAGUAUAAUGAGGAGGGCCGCAAGGCUGGCCCGCCCCCUGACAAACGCUUCGAUAACAGGCAGGGCGGAUUCCGUGGCCGCGGCAGCGGUAGCUUCCAGCGGUAUGACAACCGUGAAGGGUCCCGCGGUGGCUACCAGAACCGCAGUGGGGAUGGUGGCAGUGGAUACAGAGGAGGUGAGGCGAGCACAGGCUACAAUCGUGGUAGCUAUAACCAGAACCGUUGGGGCAACAGCUAUCGCGACGGAGGCUCUGAUGCACGCACUGGGUAUAACCGCAGCCAGCCGUCAGCAGGAAGCUACAGUCGCCCGGCCCCUUACAACAAGGGAGCAUACAGCCAGAGCUACAGCCAGAGCUACAAUCCAGGGUACAACCAGGGCAGCUACAACCAGACUUACUACGGCAACUACAGUCAGUACCCAGGAUACAGCCAGAGCUACAGCCAGACACCUACCACUGCACAGACCUACAACCACCACCAGCAACAGCCACAGCAGCCGCAGCCACAGCAGCAGCCACAACAACAGCAGCAGCAGCAGCAACAACAGAGCUACAACCAGCAAUAUCAGCAGUAUGCUCAGCAGUGGCAGCAGUACUACCAGAACCAGAACCAGUGGAACCAGUAUUACAGCCAAUACGGAAGCUACCCUGGACAGGGCAGCCAAGGCUCAUCUUCUGGUUCCCAAUAGCUUCGCUCUGCAUCUGUACCUGCAUCCACCUGUGUCCUAAACACUCUGACCUCUGCAGCAAAAUCGAUUUUGUACAGUCUCACAUUAAGUCCCCAACCAUAACUGUCUCUGUCUGGGUUAACACAGUAGCCUUCAUUCCUCACCAAUCAAUGUACACAUAAACUGUAUACAGUUUGAUGUCUUUUCAUUUUUUUUACUGAAUGAAGUCUUACUCUAAGCAGUGACUGUGAGGUGGUAGAUGGUAGGUAUCAAAACAUUUAUUGAAUGUUAUCUAUUAUGCAUUUAAUGUGGACGUCUGUUGAACUGCAAACUCCACAUUUCCAACAGAUUGCAGAGGUAAUUGUAUAUUUCUGGGAUGCAUAGUGUGAAAACUUGACAGGGCAGGAAAAAUACAGCAAGGCCUGAAAUAAAUUUGCUUGUUUUGAGACGCUUAACAAAGAACAAAAUGCAUGCUUUUUCCUUCAUGACCCUUUCCUCUGUCUUACUCCUUUAUUUUUCAGUUUCCGAGUGAGCACAUUUUAUUUAUCCCAAUAAAAUUCAAACACGGAUUUUUUUUUAUAGGUGUUGAUACUGUAGUAUUUAAACGUUAAUCCAGUCUUUGAUUGAGAAGAAUAUUUUGCCACCCUUGAGUAGUUGUAUGUGCAGUUUUUUUUAAUCCCUUUGUGAUUGCCGUUCAUUGAGUCCUGUAGUUAAAUCCAGUUGUCAAACUCAUUUUUUUCUACCUUAAAAUGAAAAUGAAAAUCUGAUAAUGACCAGUUACCCGAGCUGUCUUCUGUCUUUAUACAAUAAAUGCAAUUGUAUACGC